AUGACUGUAUGGAGCAAAAUUAAGUCUACUCUACUUGCUGCUGAAAAUGAAGCUAUAGCCAAAAGGAAACGGCCUCAAAUAACCGCUGCUCCCGACGGAAGCACCGAAAAGGGAGGUGACAUCGCUAUUGACCAAAUCAGUGUAACUAGCGAUGAACCUUACAUUGAUUUGUCGUUGAACUUGACACCCGAGGAAAUUCACUACAGAGAAACUUCCAAAUGGUUCAAGGUCAAGAAAUUUUUGUGGGAUGGAGUUGACAAGCACCCCAAGGAACAAAGAUAUUUGCUCAAAUUGGACUUCUUUCUUUUGACAUCUUCCUGCUUAGGUUAUUUCAUAAAGAACUUGAACCAGUCCAACAUUACUACUGCCUACGUUAAUGGAAUGAACGAAUACUAUACCAUGAACAAGAACCAGUAUAACUAUUUAACCACCCUCUUCACGGUUGGUUAUAUUAUCGGCCAAAUCCCUUCUAACUUGAUCUUGCACCGUAUUUCUGCCAGAUUUUAUUUGGGAACAUUAGAAAUCAUCUGGUCCAUUUUAACUGUGUUGAUGAUUACAUGUGGUCGAGACAAUAUCAGAGGAAUGUAUGCUAUCAGAUUCAUUUUGGGAUUUGUUGAGAGUGGUUACUUCCCUGCCCUUGAGUACUUGGUCGGCUCUAACUACAGUGCACCUGAAAUUACCAAGAGAUCGGCGUUUUUUGCAAUCUCAGGGAACUUGAGUGGAAUCAUCUCUGGUCCUUUACAACAAGCAAUUAUCCAGAGAUUCGGAGAAUCCAGUUUGCCACCUUUCAAAUGGAUGUUUGUCUUCGAUGCAAUCAUUUCAUUCCCAAUCGGUGUCUACACGAUGUUCACCGAUCCCAACACACCUUCUACCACUGAUGCUUGGUAUUUCACAGAAGAAGACAAAUUGGUUGGCCUUGAAAGAAGAAGGGUUCAAGGAGCUGAAUUGAAUACUAGGAGUCCUUACACCUGGGCAAAAAUUAAGACUUUCUUCAACACUUGGCACAUUUAUCUCUUUCCAGUUCUUUUCUUAACCUAUAACAAUACUGGUGCAGCUAUUGGGCAACCAACUUUCCAAACGUGGAUGAAGAUUACCCUUAAAUUGCCUUCCCAUGACUAUAAUACUUGGCCAUCUAUUUUGACUGCCUGUGGUAUUGCAUUAACGAUUACAUUUGCAUACAUCAACGAUUUCUUAGGAGGAAGGAAGAACUGGUUCUUUGUUGGCCUCUACUUUGUGUUGUUGAUCUGGGGUUGUGCAAUGUUGGCUGUUUGGGAUAUUCCCAGAGGAUUGCACUGGUUUUCCUACUUCCUCAUUGGUAUGCCCCCAAAUUGGGGCCAACCAUUCAUCUUUUCGUGGGUAAACAGACUUCUAUACGCAAACGAUAUGAAGAGAAAUUUCGUGGUUGUGUGUACCAAUACAUUGGCAUACGUUACCGGUGCUUGGGUGCCAAUUUUAGUUUGGGAUACAAAGUAUCAGCCAGAGUAUUUCAUAGGUUUUACGUACACUGCUUGCUUAGCUUCCCUUGGUCUCGUAUUAACUAUCCUUGCUUGGUAUCUUACUGAUAGAGAUGAAAAGAGAGCCAAGUUAUUGGACAGUGAAAGAGAAAGUGAGUCUUCGAUCGAAUUUGUUGAAGAAGGCAAGAUCCAGGUUAAGAGCAGCAGCGACCUCGAUUGA